AGAUUAGAGCCCGCUGUUUUAUGGCGGGGAACACACACCUGGUGUCUGGUGAAUAAUUCUAUUAAAAAUAAAAAUAAUUUUAGUCAAUUGUUGGGGUAAAAUGUCUGACAAAAGAGCUGGUCCUAGUAAGUCUACAAGUGGAGCCUGUUCUUCGACUGAUGGCAAUUUGUAUGGGCGGAGUCCUUCAGGGAGAGGGAGAGGUGGUUACUAUGGUAACCGGGGGUCCUGGCGAGGGAGAUGGAAUCGUGGAUCGAGGAAAAGAGGAGGAAGGGGGCGUGGUCAUGAAAAUCCCAUGUCCACUCCGUCGAUUGGUACGAGUCGUCAAGUAGCGACUCCACCCCCUGCCACUCCCCCUGUUAGCAAGAGACCUCAUUUGAUACAGACCACGCUUGAGUCCUGUCAGUAUUGCUACUGGAAUACUUAUCUACCUAACGAAGUAUAUACGACAAAAAUUGUUCAAAAAAUUAAAGAAUUCGAGACGUUUUUUUCCAAGCACAUACCAACUUAUAAUGCAGAGAUUCAAAGUAUGAUCAAUACCCAUAGGGCUGUACCUGUACAUUAUUUACAACUAAUUGAAGAGGCAAGGGGUGUGGCUAAUUUGUCCGAAGAAAUAAAAGAAAAUCCUGACCUUGUUUUGAAUUGCUUAGGAUUGGCUUUUCAUACUGUUUUUGAAGAAUCAUUUGAUAACGGUUUUCAUGACAGCAGUAUCAAUACAAGCUUGACCACAAAAAGCAACGAGCCCAUUCAGAAAUACAACAUUAGGCUAUAUGGACUUGAACCCUUCACUCUACUACGUAAUAUCAAGGCCCCAUUGUUUGGUAGAUGUGUAUCAGUCGUUGGUACCGUAGUUAGAGUCAGCUCUGUUAAACCACUCGUUGUCAGUAUGGGAUUUCAAUGUCACUCCUGCAAUGAAAUACAGUCUUUACCAUUUACUGAUGGAAAAUAUUCUACUCCAGCAAAGUGUUUAACUUAUGAUUGUUCUGGAAAGUUCUUUACUCCUCUUCGGAGAUCAGGUCUCACUAAAACGGUUGAUUCGCAGAGAAUAAGGUUACAGGAGCAGGUCGACGAUGAUCGGAGAGAGGCUGGGAGGAUUCCUCGUACCAUAGACUGUGAGCUCUCAGGCGAUCUUGUUGACAGCUGUGUUCCAGGCGACGUCAUUACCGUGACAGCCAUCGUCAAGGCAACUAGUUCCCACGACGACAGUCGUCCGAGGAGCUCUAAGGAUAAAUGUACUUUCCUUUUGUAUUUGGAAGCCGUUUCUGUCAUUAAUAGCAAAAACAUUGGAGGAGGAGUGGGAGGAGAAGGAAUGGGCCUUGACUUUACUACUAAAGACUUUUACGGAAUUGAAGAGAUACACAAUGAUGAUGAUGUAUUUAAGCUCUUAGUUGGGUCACUUUGUCCUACCAUUUAUGGCCAGGAGAUUGUUAAAGCUGGUCUUCUUCUUGGGCUGUUUGGUGGAGUACAGACAUUCUCAGAUGACAAAAAUUCUUGCAUCUCUAUAAGAGGUAAUCCUCAUAUUUUAGUCGUUGGUGAUCCAGGACUUGGUAAGAGUCAAAUGCUACAAGCAGCUGCUAAUAUUGCGCCAAGAGGAGUGUUUGUGUGUGGGAAUGCAGCCACUUCAUCAGGACUGACAGUGACGCUCACUAAAGAAGGAGGGAGCAGUGAGUACGGGCUAGAGGCUGGGGCACUGGUACUAGGGGAUCAAGGUUGCUGUUGUAUUGAUGAAUUUGACAAGAUGAGUGGUCAGCAUCAAGCACUGAUGGAGGCCAUGGAACAGCAGUCCAUUAGUAUUGCUAAGGCAGGGAUUGUGUGUACCCUCCCAGCCAGGACGUCAAUACUAGCAGCUGCUAAUCCCAUUGGAGGACAUUACAAUAAAGCUAAGACUGUCUCUGAGAAUUUAAAGAUGAAUGCAGCUCUACUAUCAAGAUUUGAUCUUGUUUUUAUUCUCCUUGACAAUCCUGAUGAAGAGCUUGAUUCUGUUUUAUCAGAACAUGUCAUGUCUCUCCAUUCAAAGCAAAACAGAGGCUUCCAAUCAGCUGUUGCUAAAAGAACUUCGGAGGGUAUAGUUACUACUCCUUCUCACCGAUCGAUCCUCUCCUCUGACCUCUUAAGCGAGAGACUCAAGGUCAAACGUGGGGAGCACUUUGAUCCUGUCCCUCCUCAACUGCUAAGGAAGUACAUCGGUUAUGCAAGGCAAUAUAUUCGCCCUUCGCUUGAGAGCAGUGCUGCUCAAGUACUCAGAGGAUUCUAUUUGGAACUACGGAAGCAGAGAAGGAAAGGGGACGGUACCCCAAUCACUAUGAGACAGCUGGAGUCGCUAAUUAGAUUGACAGAGGCAAGAGCUAGACUAGAUCUUAGAGACACUGCUAAUGAACAGGAUGCGAAAGAUGUUGUUGAAAUAAUGAAAUUCAGUAUGCAGCAUACGUACAGCGACGAGUAUGGGUUCCUGGAUUAUUCACGGUCCCAUAAUGGGUCUGGUAUGAGUCAGAAAGCACAGGCUAAGCACUUUGUGUCAGAACUAAGUAGACUGGCAGAGAGAAAUGGCGACUCAACCUUUAGUCACUCACAAUUAAGAGAUAUUACACAGAGGCUUGGUCUACAGCUGAAAAACUUUGAUGACUUCAUUUUUUCACUCAAUAAUCAAGGCUACCUUCUCAAGAAAGGUCCAAAAUUAUUCAAAGUACAAACAGCCUUUGAUUAAGGUAAAGCAGUGACACAAGAUGUGAAGGACAUUAAUAUUAAGGACCUGUGCUACUUCUCAUAAUCAUUUACUCUAUAGUAUUUAUAAACCUGGCAGAACAUACUAUGUAUAAUCAAAUCAGAUGUAAGAAUUUAAUUUCAAUACUCAUUCUGAUAUCACUUAAAA